UUCCUCAAUAUAUGGAGCAGCCAGAGAGCAGACACCGCGAGGACGUGAAUGCGCUGGAUCCGCUCAUCCUGGGCGGGAUCAUCCCGGACGUGGUGGACGAUUUCGUGCCGUGCUGCGAGAUGGCGGUCUACUACGGUAAGGAUCAGGUCACAAACGGGUGCGAGCUCGCACCCUUUGCCACAAGUUCGCCCCCAAACGUGCAGAUCGCCGGGAACUUCGAUGAUGGCUCUCUCUUCACGCUGGUGAUGACGGAUCCUGAUGCUCCAAGUCCGGCUGAGCCAUCACUGGGGGAAUAUCUUCACUGGCUGGUGACUGAUAUUCCCGGAGGAACAGAUCCAAGCAAAGGGAAAGGGGUGCUGCCAUAUGAGAGACCAAAGCCACCAGCAGGCACGCACAGGUACACGUUUUGUUUAUUCAAGCAAAGCAGGCCCAUGAUGGCACUCGCGCCCGUCAUCCGGAGCAACUUUAGCACCAAAUGCUUCGCUCAAGAGCACGGCCUGGGCCUCGCAGUCGCAGCGCUGUAUUUCAAAGCACAAGGCAUGGAGCCAUAACAACUUGUAAGUGUCUACAUGAACAGUGUAAGUUGCAAGCUUGUCUCCCAAAGUUUUCUUUUUUUACUAAGUUUUUCGUGCUCUUUUGCCCGACGAGCUACUGUGUGUGUCGAUCCAGCUGGUGCUUGACGAUUUACAGCGCACGCAGGAAAGCUCGAGCUUAUCCGCAGUUUUGUUCCAGGAGAGGAUUCAGGGAGCUCUCUUACCAAUAAGUAACGAGGACGAAAAAGUGAAAGAAGUUUGGCUUUGGGUGGUAGCAGUAAAGCCGGGGGUCUCUUUUCGCAGCUCUCAGCCUCGGAGAGGAACUUGUUCCUGAUCGUGUCUUGCUGCUCCAACUUGUUUCUGCGCGGAAGCUGCUGCGCAGAGAUUUGAUCCAGCACGCAGAAUGCGACUUACAUUGUACACUGACAGGAUUUUGCUUUUUCGACAUCAAAUCGCGCGGGACGAGCUAGCUAUUCUUCUGCUACUUCGUCGUAUUUGCUACUACAAGAGCACGACGGAUCACUGUUUGGAUCACUGUUCAGAGAGGGGAAAAAUGCAAUUUUCCUGUUGUUUGUGCGAUUUUUAAGUUUGGAUAGAGCUUCCAUUCUUUUGUCUCGUAGAUCUUAGACCAGUUGGUAAAGCUUACACAUUUUUUAUAAGCGUCUGGAUAGAACUGUAUGUACAUAAAUUUAUGGUCGCUGGCCAGAAAAGAACGCGCCAGCUAAAGAGAAGGGGAUAGAGAUUGACAAAAAGCACUCACCCCUUAAAAAAAAAAAAAAAA